GUUGUUAGUUGUCGGUUCGUUUUUUACGUUCGCGUUGUUCGAAGUAACCGCUGUGUGUUUGCGAUAACUUUGUUAUUUUACUGUUAAUUGUUAAUAACUACAGUAGGUUUUAUUAUGGAAUCCUUACAAUCAGAUCUGGAACCUCAUCUAAAUGCUGAGAUUUAUAGAAAUUUGACACCGGCCGAUACACCGCCGACCCUUGACCGGCACUUACAGUUUAUCCUAAUUUCUAAAGAUAUAGGAGCUAUAUUGGGUGCGAGCGAUUUAACAGGUCGUUACUGGAGCGGCACCAUUUGGUAUUUCAAAGAUCAUUCUAAGAUCGAUAGAAAUAAUCCAACCGCUGCUAGGGUAAUGGAAAGUGGUGUUUGUGAUGCUGCCGCUCUUAAUGAAACAAACAAAUUUGUUGUCGGUGAAGACAGCGGAGUUAUACAAAUUCUCAGUAUCAACGAAAUGGCUGAUACACAUACCCACGAACUCCAAUGCCUAGGAUAUUCCUUUGACCAUGAUGAUAGUAUCACUUCAAUUUCAACAUUCGAUGACAACAUUCGCCUAGUUACUACAGCAAUGGAUUACUGCAUAAAAGUGUGGGACAUGGUGGAAUUGUAUUCAACACACUCAUUUAGUCCUGCUCAUACUGAAAUAAUUACUUGCGUGCAAUCGCAACCAAAAUCUAGCAAUGUUUUCGCAUCUACAUCGCUUGAUCGGGACGUACUUUUGUGGGAUCUGAGGCAAUCAAAGCCAGCAAAAAGUAUACUCAAAGAUGCCGAUAGCGGGUUGACUGCUGCAGCAUGGAAUCCCGACAAUGAACAUGAAAUUGUUAUAGGCGAUUCAGAUGGUAAACUGUUAUUACUUGAUGUCAGACAAGAAAGUCGAGAACCAGUAUUCCAAAGCCCCAAAGCAUUGUCCAGAAGUGUCCAUAGGCUUUUAUUUAACAAAACCAAAUCUCAUCAACUCGCUGGAUGCUGUGAUAGUACAGAGGUAAAAGUGUUCGAUACGAGCAAUGAGAUGAAUGUGAUAUACGAAGAUAAAAGACAUCAGCAUUUUGUUCGUGGACUAGCUUGGGACGAUAAUUCUUUGGUGACAGCUUCAUGGGAUAGCACUGUUGCAAAACAUGUCAUACCUGCGUAACUCCCAGCCGUUUCGAUCUGGAUAUCUUCUUCAAUUCCAGAGUUUCCGUUGCAACGAACGUUCAAAGUAAGUCCACCGGUUGAGACGCUUCUUUGGUUUAUAAAGAAAACUAACUAAAUAAAAUAAAAGGAAAUGAAAUGAAAUAAAAUAAGAUCGAACAAAUUCCGCUAUUUAUUACAAGUCACGACCCGCAGAGUAUAUAAUAAGAUAAACAAAUGCCUUUUAUGGUCCGUGUCUAAAUUCGUAAUUACUAACGAAAGAACAACUUUUUAUGUAACAUCUUUUCUUACAACUGCUGCGCCCGACCGGACGGUACAUAUAAAUUAUAUAGAUAUAUAAAUUUAUAUAUUUAUAUAUAGACAUAAAUAUACAGUAGAUGGCAUAUGAAAAGUGUAGUGCACCGCCAUCAGCAGCACGGUUUAAAAUAAGAUCUCUCCGAACUGUUCCGAGAUAAUUAUCAAUAUAAUAUGUAUAACUUCUCCAUUAGUAAAUACAUAUAUCUAUUCGUCCACUGCAUCAGUCACGGGAUCCUCAAAACCUACAUUCAUCUAAAAGCACCCAACUAUAACUAACCAUUCCGCAAUAAAACCAUAAAUCACGCUCUACUCAUCGCGUCCAACGUUAUGCCAUUCCGUAGGAGAAGGUCAUUUUUUACCACAUUCAGUAACCGCUGAUUAUUCCAAUUAACUCUUUCAACGCCAAAUUUCCUCAUUUUACUUAUGUAUAUCAUUUUAAAUACGAACUUUUUUCAUGUUCCAAAAAACACCUUCAGAAAACACCACCCGUUACAGUUAAUUCAUCCUACUAUACGUAUUUAUAACUGCGCUGAUAUCACCUGAAAAAACAUCAUACCAAAUACCCGCUUUCCCUUGUAAAAUGAUACGGUGAUCGUAUACAUGUAUAUAGUUAUAUAUAUUUUUACAUCGAUCUAAUAGCAAAAAAAUGACCGAAUAAAUGAAAAAAGAAGAAAAAUAUUGAGUAGAGAGGAAAAAACGUGAAGAGAAAAAAAAAGAAAGAAAGAAAGAGAGAGAAAACUAGGAAAGGGCCUGGAGGAAAUUAUAGGGCAACGUUAAGACUUCAGAUUUUAAAACUGUCCAUAAAAAAGUGGUAAAAAUAAUUGAAGAAUCUGAUAUGUAGCUGCUGGAGUAAAAAAAAUUAGAUUCCUUAUUACGUUUGUCUCUAUGACGGAGAUUGGAAUAUUGGAUUAUUAGCGAGGAUUAUUAUCACGUUAUGUUAGAAAUGAAUGAAGAUAUUCCGUAUAAAGGAGUGGCUUUGUACGGGCAGGAUGUUGAAGCAUUAUUUAUUAUUAUUGGUACUAUUGUUAUUAUCAUCAAAUUCUGUAAUGAUUAUUAUUAACGAAUGGUGCAAAUCGAGUUCAAUGAUACCUGCAACCAAGAAUUAAUAAUUUCCUGUAUUUAAUUGUCGUCGCCAGCGGGAAUUAGAGGAUCACAAUCAGAAUUACUCUAUUUCUGAUCGUAUUCUUUUAGAGUUCGUUGCCUCUGCAGAGAUGAACCGUAUUGUAUACAUGUGUACAGUAUACUACAGCAAUUUAUCUCUUUAUUAGAUUUAGUCAGUUUUGUUUUUCGUCGUACAUUUUUUCAUUUAAUUUUUUUAUAUCUGGUUCAUCAGUUCGUUUUUGCUGACAAAUGAUAUCAGAAUUGUAGAGAAUCUCAAUUUUUCCAUGACCUCGAUGCAAAUCACAUAAUAGUCAUAACAAUUUACACCGGGCCAUAUAGUGAAUAGAAAAAGAAGAAAAGGUCUUAGUUGAAAACACAUCAGGCUCAGAAUAAAAAUUGUUGGAAUUGCGGUAAAAGCGGUGAAUUUUCUAUGUCCGAACUAGAUGCAGUCAAAUGUAAUCACGCGAUUUAUUACAGCCGCGAUCACUCGUGCAGGGUCGCGCUCUAAAUAUCAUCAUUGCACAGUUGCCGUUCUAAACAACCAAAGAAUAAGAUAAAAAGAAUUGAAAGAAAGGACUUCUAUCGGAAUCCAGGGCAAAGAUGUAAAUUAUAUUAAAACAAGGGAUGAUUCUUUCCCACUAUCAAUACAUUCCUUUCCUAAUUUGUUAAGAUCAAAGUUAUCGCUUUAUGUAUUCCGGAUUUCGCAUCCCAAGCAGAUUAAAAAACAAAUAAACAAACACUACUUUCAUAAUGUUUUAA